ACACCCUGUUCUCCUCACGCUGGGCCUCCUCACAGGAUUAGUGUAUUGUGUAAUUCAGUGAUUCAAUACGACUAGAAGAGAAACAGCCGAAGAGUCGCAUUAUUGUGAACUCUGUUUGUCUGUCUGUCUCUCUCUUCUCCUCUGUCUCCCUCUCUCUGUCUGUCUCUCUCUUCUCCUCUGUCUCCCUCUCUCUGUCUGUCUCUCUCUUCUCCCCUCUCUCUGUCUGUCUAUCUGGCUGUCUCUCUCUUCUCCUCUGUCUCCCUCUCUCUGUCUGUCUCUCUUUCUUUCUGUAAUGUAAUAACAACAGCAUGCAUCAGCAGGCCGGAUAGAGCAAAGUAUACUCUCUCCAUCUGAGAGAGAGAGAGAGAGAGAGAGAGAGAGAGAGAGAGAGAGAGAGAGAAGGACAGGAGAAACUCUCACCAUGUUGAGUGUGAUUUGUUUCAUUCGCAGCUUUUUUGAGACUCCAGCUGUCGAGGACUUUGCUGCACGUUCUGAUCAUCCAGAAGAUGUCGACUGUCACCAGGAGAAGAGCUCAGAAGGUCGAGACCCUCAGAGUGAAGCAGCACUGGAAGAAGCUCAGGACAUGAUGGAGGAGUAUUUUGAGCAUGUCUCAUGGCACAGCGACGUUUCCUCAGAUUAUGUUGGAGAUCAUGAAAACGUUUCUGCUCCUGAACUCUCCCCUGACCUCAGAGACCAGGACUCAGGAGGUCAGCAUGAGCUUGUUGUUGGUCCACAGGUCAAAUCUGAUGGAGAGGAACUGACUGUGGUGUCGGGACGCGAGUGCGGUGUGAUGAGUCUCAACUCAGCUUCAGGAUGUGAAGCUCUGAAGGAAGCUGGACCUCCUCCUUCCUCACAUACGGACAUGUUUGAGGCACCAAACUUAGAGUCACAGCUUUUAAUGAUUUCUAAGGAACUCGUGGUACCAGUGGAAAACAGCUGCAGUGCAGUGAUCUUACAUAAUUCAAGGCUUGAUGAAGCUGCAACUCCAUCACCAUCUAAAGAAGCUGGACUUCUGCCCCCCCUGCAGCCCCAUACAGCAUCAGAAGACUUGACAGAUCCAGAUGUAGUGGUUAUGUCUUCUUCUAAGUGCCUCAGACAGCUGGACUCUUCUUAUACAGAGAGAAAGGAUGAUGUUCUUGACAUAAACACUGGUGAAGAGGAACUCCUGGCACUAUUAUCCAGUGACUCCAGGGGAAAGUUCUCUGAUGAUUCAGGGCAUCGUUCAUCUCUUGAGAUCAUGUCACAUAUCGCUGGACCUUCUUCCAUUUUUCAGACUAAGUCUGAAGAAACCCUGACACUGACUGAGGGAAGUAAAAUAUUGCCUCAGUUAGAACCAAACCCUUAUUUAAGCACAGAUCACAGGAAAUGUUCUUCUCCUAAAUGCUCUCCUGACCACAGAACUCCUGAUUCAGUGGUUGAAGAAGUUCUAUAUGGUUCAUCCCAUGAAGCAGGUGGGCUUCCUUCCAUCUCUCCGGCUGACGUAUCUCUCUCAGAUUUGACAGGUUCACAGCUUUCUUCUGUUCCUGAAAAGAACCCUAAGCUGGUCUACAGAAGUUCCUCAGCACCAGAGUUAAUCACCACUUCAGACAUUACUGUAGCGAGCAGUCACAGAGACUUUGGUGUAAACUACAGGAUCAUUUAUUCUGCUAAAAGUUCUCCUGAACUCAGAAACCUGAACUCUUCUCAUUCUGAAGGAAAGCACAAUGGUCUGGAGCUGAAGAUGGAUGGAGAGCAACUGAUGGUGAACGACUGCAAUGGAAUAACUUCAGGUGAUCUUCAGAACACAGAAAUUGCUAAUGGAUUAUCUCCUGAGGAUGCUGGACUUCCUUCCAUCUCUCAAACCAGCAGGUCUGAUACAGAUUCAAACAAUUCGCACCUUUUCCCAGCUUUAACAGACAUAACAACACACGCUGACCAACGUGAAGCAGAACCCAGCUUAGAGAACUCUUCUGAUUUUGAUGGUGUGAACUUCUCUUCUCCUAAACACUUUACUGACCACAGAAACCUGGAUUUUUCUUAUUCAGAAGUACAGAAGAACGGUCUGGAGAUGAACAUGGAACUUAUGGAACCCCUGCAAGAUGAUUCAAAUGCAAUGAUGUUCGAUCAUUCAGAGUGUGAGGAAGUUUUAAACAUUUCAUCUCAUAAGGAAACUGAUUGUUCUUCCAUCUCACAAGCCUCCAUGACAGCUUCUAAUGAGACACUGAGUGAUAGAAGUGAAGCAGCACCUCAGUUAGGCAACACUCCAGAUUUAGGUGUUACGAUCAUUUCUCAUCCUGAACACUCUCCCGUCUUUGCAAGCAUGGAGUCUUCACGAUUAGACAAACAUGCUGAUGGUCUGAAGAUGAACACAGAUGGAGAUCAAGUCAUGGAACCACUGGGAAAGAAGUGUGGUGUAAUGUUUCUUGAUGAUGAUGAUGAUGAUGAUGAUGAUGAUUUUCCAUCUAUUAAGAUCCUCUCCAUGGAAGCUGGACCACCUACUAAGGCUAGCACAUCCAACCCAGAUGUUAGUGAUUCACAACUUUGUCCACUUUCCAUAGAGACACCUGAACUCACCUACAGAAGUGAAGCAGCUCCUGAGUUAGAGAAAAACUCUAAUUUAGUUCCUGCAAGCAAAGAUCAAGCGGAUUAUUGUUCUCCUAAAUGUGCUCCUGAUCUUAGAAACCUGGAAAACAUGGAGUCAUCUCAUGCUGAAAUAAAGAAUGAUGGUCAGCAGAUGAAUGGUGACGGAGCACAACUGAAGUUACCAUUGGAAAAUUGCACAGAAGAGAUCAGUGCUGUGAUUUUAGAUGAUUUAGGAGAUAACAAAGCUGCACCUUGGCCAUCUCUUGAAGAAGCAGGACUUCUUCCCACUUUGCACAGACACGGACCAUCAAACGACCAUCAAAAGACAGAUUUAGAACUUUUUAUGACUGAAGUAAAUGAUUCACUUAUGUGUAUUGACCAAAGUGACAUAGCAGCCCAGUUAGAUCACACACCAGAAGCAGGUCUUCCAAGCAAAGAUCUUGAAGAACAUUUUUUUCCUGACCACAAAAAUCUGGACUUGUUUCAUUUCGGAGUAACACAUGAUGAUGGUAUUCAGUUAAAAACAGACCCAGAAGCUGGACUUCCGUUCAUCUCCCACACCAGAAGGUCUUACACAGAUCUGAUUACUGACCAAACUAAAACUGUGGCCAGGUUAGACAUCAGUUCUGAUGCAGCUGAUAAAUGUGAAGAUCAACUUACUGUUGCUUCGUCUCAGAGUUCUCCUGACCUCACAACUCUGGACUCGUAUCAUUCUGAAGGAAAGAACAAAGGUCUGGAGUUGAGCAUGGAUGAAGAGCAACUCGUGAGACCACCGGCUAAAGACUGCAAUGUCGUAACUUCAGAUGAUCUCCAGAGCACAGAAAUUAAUAAUGAAUUAUCUUCUGAAGAAGCUGGACUUCAACCACACAGUGAUGAUCUGAAGAUGAACAAGGAUGGAGAGGAACUCAUUAUGCCCCUGAACAGUGCGAUGAGUUUAGAUGAUUCAGGGCAGGAUGAAGAUCUAAAUGGUUUAUCUCCUGAGGUGGCUGGACUUCGCUCCAUCUCCCAGGCUAGCAUGUUCAACACAGAUUUCAUUAGUUCACAAGUUCCUACAACUUUAAACCACACCCUUGCUCCAUCAGAUGUCAGCGAAGUGGAGCCUUCUUCAGAGACUGAAGCUAAUUUAACUGCUGCAAAUAGAAAUGAAACACAAUCCGAUAAUAAGCGUAAAAUGAAGAAUGAUGUUUCUGAAAUGUCACCAAUAACGAUACACACACACGUGGUAGAACCUACGGCACAGGUCGAUGGAGCUAUCUCUUCCAUAUUUGUGGAUCCAUCAGUAGAUGCUAAGAUGUUUGUGGAAACAUUCAUGGACAGAGAUCCUCGUGUUUGUCCUCGUGUUUGUCCUCGUGCCAGCUCUAAGUUUCAACCUGAAGGUGUAACGUCACUUCAGAAGGAUCAGGGACAGUUUGAACGUCCAGACAUCAACAAGGAGCCCUUAUUAGAACAUUCUUCUCCCAUUAAAGUCUGUACUUAUUAUUCAGCAGGUUCCUCAAGUCCGUCGUAUGCUAACAGAUUUAUUUCAUGGCCCAAGGUUCCAUUGAGCGAUGAACGUUCUUUGGAUUUGAAUCCUGAUCAAACUGAACAAAGGUCUAACAAUUUAAAUGAUUUAGUAAAUUUGCAGUUUGGAAAUUCUUGCAGUGUAUUAAAGGAAUUUAGUGCCAAAUCCCAGAGAGCGCAGGAGGUCAUUUAUACAGAGAGCUCUGGUUAUAUCGACUCCUAUCUGAUGACAGCUUCAACUUCAAGUGCUUCAGGAAACGUUUUAGACAGUUGUGUGGGAGAACUUCCAGCUCCAGCUGAGGUUUUCUUCAUGGAAUCAAAUCCUUUAAAUUCUGUAAGUGUCAAUAGAGACAAACUGGCUCUGAAAGAAGACCAGGGUAAAUCUGAGAAGGUAAGUGCUAAAGAGCAUGAAGUCAAGAGCAUCUCAUGUACCGGUUACUCCAGGAAGAACGAGGGUUUUGAUGCACGUCAUGGUUCAGACACGAACAAUAACACAAAGCCACACACACCUGAGACACCAGGUACAUUACAGUCUCUUACACUACAACAGGAACUCUGGAAACAUCUGCAUCCAUCCAUGAACAUCUUUUCAAAUGUAUUAAACAACACUGACAGCUUUGAUGAGAUCCCUGAACCAGUCAUGAUGGCUUCCAAAAUGGGCAUUUCAAAUCCACGUCGUGUAGAAGAUACUUUUCAGGGUACGGUACACGGUGAAGACUGCCAGUCGGAGGAAAUCGUGUCAGAUCCUACAAUCUCUCCAAACACAGAAACUCAACAUGGAUUGAAUUCACAAGCACUUUCUUUAAAUGGACGUAAAGGUCAGAACAUCCUCCAGGAGGAGAGCCGAAGUUCUUGCUUCGUCAGUGAUGCGCUAUGUAAUGUCAGGUCUAUGAAAGGAGUUUCUGAUGAGCCAGAACAUGGAGAUAUCACCACUCGUCUGAUAAACCAACAUGAUCAUAAUGGUUAUCUUCCCAAUUCCACAUGUCCUGAUCAAGACUUUAUCACCACAAACAGUGAAGAAGUUGAAAACUCUAGUCAAAGCCCAACAGAAAGCAACUCCAUCUCCACUGACAACUUCCAAAGCUUAUUAAAGAACAAGGAGACUAAGAGCAUGUCUGAAGGGAAGAGCUCAAGGUUCUCCAGGUUCACAAGAAUCCCCUCCUUCCGCAAAAGCAAGAGAGAGCACAAGAUUGGAAACAAGGUCGAGACCAAAAUAUCUCCUGCAGAUGGAGAAGAGCUCAACCAGACACCUAAUCAUAUUCUUAUUGGAGAUCACUUGGCACAAUAUGAGGAUGAAUCUAGUAAUAAUGUCUUUGGGAAAGCCCUCAGUGUAACCGGGAAUGCACCUUCUAAAUCCAGGUCUAGCUCCAAGAACACACACCAACAAAUCAAAUACAGUGAGGAAGUACAAAAUAAACCUGUACUUGAGCCCCAGAAGAAGACCAAGAGCAGUGAUAACUUCCUCGUGAGGUCUCUGUCAAGCUUGUUCGACAUCCGAACCAGUGAAAAAGACAACCAACAGGACUCCAACCUUCUGAACCAGGAUGCAAAAUCCAAGCAACCUUGGAAGAAGAUAAAACUGUCUAAAGAUACUGAGAUGCUAAAGAGAACUCUCUCUCUUCCUGGAUCAAGUGUUGCCAAGUCUAGAUGGCGCCUCCAGAGUGAAUGUGUGCCUGGGUUAACUGAGGAUCGUCUAAACCUUCAGGGAUUCCAAAGCUCCAAAGAGGAUUUGAAAAAUGCUUCAAGCCCUGAUGCAUCAGAAACAGAGCUUGCUAUGACAAGUCCACUCUCUAAUGGUCUAGAUGAAAACUCUGACCAAAGUUAUGAGAACCCCUCAGAGACACUUGUACACCCUACUGUGUUUGCUCUUGCUAAACAGUUAUCUCCUUCUCGGACAAGAUCCCUGGGUUCCUUUGAAGGACUCGAUAUGCCGGCUAGACCAGUGACUCCCAAACCACAAAAUCCUGGGGUUUGGAGCCAGAGGAGCAGCUUCCAUUCCUCCUCAAAAUCUGUUGCAGCCUCUUUGUGCUCACUGGGUGAAGGUUCAAGUUUGGAGGGACUCUCAGAUCACUCACAAAGACGAGUCGGGCAAAGAGCAGCACGUCUCGCAUCGGCUCGGUUUUUCAAUUCUGAGCAUUUACUUGAAGGUAACAGCUCAGACAACCAAUCGCAGACCAGCCUGUUGUCCAACAGCUCAGCCACUGAGUCUGAGCCUGCACCUGAUGAUGGUAAAUCAGCUCUCCAGUCAUCUUCCUCUGUUGUGCGUGUCAGAAGACGUGAUCGGCGUGUGGUGCGACCCAGACCUCUGUCUGACCUCUGCAGCUGGAGUUCACCUCUUCAGGAAAUCCGCGAAACAGCCGUCGAUCUGACCGAGGAGAGGGAUGUCAUGGAAAUGUGGUCACAGAAGAGAUCGUGUUCAGAUGAGCUGCUCGGGGAAUUCCAGGGGAAGCAGAAGAUGAAGACGAUGCUACAGAGGAGCCUCGGGAUGCUGAGAACAUCUGAGGAGCAGAAGAAUGGGCAGAUGAGACUGUCUUUAACGUCCCCACAGCAGUUGUCCUCCGUGUUUCUUAAAGACCAUUACUUCUCUCAAAGCACGCCGAUUGGACUCAACUGUCUCCACUGGCCACGCCCAGUUUCUUUCUCAGAGUCGUGUCUCAUCCGACCUUCAGCGCACACACUCGUGCCUCCGGCCGCUCUCGACACAGCCGCAGAUUCAGGACUCGUUAGGGGGGUGAAAGUGAUACGGGGGGUCAUGUCUCAUUAUUGGAGCCUAGAAAGUCUACACUCCACCAACGCCUUGGUGAUCACUGAUGGACCUCAGGAUAAAUCAGGUCUCUGUGAUGAGGUGGGCAGCGAAGACGAACUGUACAAUGACUUCCACAUCUCUGCCAAUCGCUUAGGAGGAGGAGAACAACUCGCUAUUAAUGAGCUGAUUAGCGAUGGCAGUGUGUGUGCUGAGGCUCUGUGGGAUCACGUCACCAUGGACGACCAGGAGCUGGGCUUCAAGGCCGGAGACGUCAUCGAGGUCGUGGACGCCACCAAUAAGGAGUGGUGGUGGGGACGAGUGCAGGAGAGCGAGGGAUGGUUCUCUGCCAGCUUCGUCAGGCUGCGUGUGAAUCAGGACGAGCCUCUAGAGGACGAUAUGGUCCAGGGAGCGGGGGAGGGCGGGGUCACGGAGGUGGGCGGGUCCUGUGGGCCAGGGUUACCGUGUAAAGAGCAGAUGAGGGCGAAUGUGAUUAAUGAGAUCAUGAGCACAGAGAGAGACUACAUCAAACACCUGAAGGACAUCUGUGAGGGCUACAUUAAACAGUGCCGUAAACGCACCGACAUGUUCACAGAGGAGCAGCUCAGGACCAUCUUCAGUAACAUCGACGAACUUUAUCGCUUCCAAAAGAAAUUUCUCAAAAUGAUGGAGAAAAAAUACAACAAAGAGCAACCACACCUGAGUGAGAUCGGCUCCUGCUUCCUGGACAACCAAACAGAGUUUCAGAUUUACUCAGAGUACUGUAACAACCACCCCAACGCCUGUGUCCAGCUCUCCAGGCUGAUGAAGAUGAAGAAGUAUGUGUUUUUCUUCGAGGCUUGUCGUCUGCUGCAGAAAAUGAUUGACAUCUCGCUCGAUGGCUUCCUGCUUACACCUGUUCAGAAGAUCUGCAAAUAUCCACUGCAGCUGGCAGAACUCCUCAAAUACACCAACCCUCAGCACAGGUCACACACACACACACACACACACACACACACACACACACACACACACACACACACACACGGGGUCAGUAGUAGUGAUGUGUCAUAUCUGUUGAUGUACAGAGAUUAUAAGGAUGUGGAAGCUGCUUUAAACGCCAUGAAGAACGUGGCUCAGCUGAUCAACGAGAGGAAACGUCGUCUGGAGAAUAUCGACAAAAUCGCUCAGUGGCAGAGUUCCAUCGAGGACUGGGAGGGUGAGGACGUUCUGAGUCGGAGCUCUGAUCUGAUUUUCUCAGGAGAUUUGACUAAAAUCUCUCAGCCUCAGGUCAAAGGUCAACAGCGCAUGUUCUUCCUGUUCGAUCAUCAGCUGGUCUUCUGUAAAAAGGAUCUGCUCCGGAGGGACAUCUUGUAUUAUAAAGGUCGCCUGGACAUGGACCAGGUGGAGGUGAUGGACGUAGAAGACGGUAAAGAUAAAGAUCUGAAUGUGACGGUGAAGAACGCGCUGAAGUUACUGUCUCCUGAUGGAGCUGAGAUUCAUCUCCUGUGUGCUAAAAAAUCGGAGCUGAAGCAGCGCUGGCUCCGAGCCUUCGCCGAAGAGAGACAUCAGGUCCAACACGACCGAGACACAGGAUUUUCCAUCACAGACGUGCAGAAGAAGCAGGCCAUGCAGAACGUGUCCAAACAUCCUCCAUCUGGGAAACCCAAAGCGGUGUCUCGUCCAUAUUACGACCUGCUGUUGCGUCAUAAACCAUCAUCGCUGCCCCAGCAGGUCAUCGUGCUCGCCGAACCCAAACGCAGAAACUUCUGGCACAACAUCGGCCGCCUGACGCCGUUCAAAAGUAAACCGUGAACCUGACGGGCCGCGACGCUCGCUUCACUUUACUACUAAUCAGUAAACUCGCCCAGACAGCAUGUGCACAUCCUGAGUUUAGCUGCAACAUACUGCCGUGUUUCCAGUGACAGUAAACGUAUCAUCUGUAUUUCAGCUCUGUCCUGAGGGCAGAAUCCUGACUCCCUGACUACUGAGUGUUUUACACAGGGAGCGUCGCAUGUGUCCUCCUCCUCGUGCCUGAAUUUGUGUUUUUGUUCAAUCAUAAUUUUUGUUUUAUGUUUCAAUGUGAAUGCACUUUAUGGGUCAGUUACAAUCGAGACCGAAACGUGAGACGGCCGUCUGCGUCUGGUUAGCGUGACGGCUAGGACCGCUAACACACAGCUAACGUGACUACUGCUGCACAUCAACACACUUCUGAACACAGAACUGGAUUUUCAUGUCAUUCGAUACUGUGUGUGUGAUGACACUGUUGUACUGAUGUUACACAUGGUUUUCACUACUGUUUCACUACUGUUUUUAUUUUUGAACUGAGUUUAUCCAGAAAUGAAUUGUACACAAACAUCCCCAUUUUAUUUCUGUCUGAAAUCUCACCGAUGCUUUCAGCUUUGUGCAUCUUCCUCAUUCGCAUAAUGACAUGAACUUGACAUGAACAUGAACUGCUGCAACAUGUUGCCAAAGUUCUUGGACUGUUUCGACCCGAACGAGUGACAUGGUGCUCGGUGUAAAUAGAAAUAAAGUGGUUUCACUGCUCAGUUAUAAUAAUAAAUAAACUGUUUAACGCCA